AUUAAUUGUAACCUUUUGAAACAUUCACACUCGGUUUUCCGGGAUCAUAAAUAGCGAAGCAGCAAGUUCAAGGCUAAUUAUUGCGAAGAAUCAUCUCCAGAUAUUACGGAAUUCGGUUAUAGAACACAAGCGGCGCUUUUUUCCUCUAAAGUAUGUCGACGUCGAAGAAGGGGAAACUUCGCUAGCAUAUAAGGAUCCCGAACGGUGAACAUCAGGUGAAACGGUUAAUCAAACACGACGCAGGCGGGAAGCAGAUUGAUAUCUCUGACUUCUAUCCCCUCUGAUGAGCUCCUCGAGUGCCGGAGUUUUGUUAUCGUCGAGCAAACAGGGUAAUAUAAGAGGCAAAAAAGGCAAUGGUGGAGUACUCAGUCAGCCGAGUGUAACGCGACAGGCUUCUGAGAAGAAGAAUACGUUGAGACCAGCGUGUAGAUAUCGGAUAUAACCCGGAAGUGGAACUGUGGACCGGAAGCCGACGCUACGUUUCUUCAUCCGGCGAUUUUUGCUUCCGGUUGAAAAUCAAGAGAUCGGACGUUCGGCUUGAGGAUGAAGAUUUUGACCGGUUGGAAGGCGUGCUGCGCCCCGGUUUCGCAAAGAUGGAUAUUUGCGCUAAUGGGAUUUCUGGCAAUAACCAACGCCUACGCGAUGAGGAUAUGCCUGUCUUUAGCCAUAACGGAAAUGGUAGUGAGCGAGGAUUCCACCGACGAUACGGUCGACGAAACGCUUUGUCCUGCCGAUAACACGACGACAACGUCGUCAAGCAAUUCGGCCGGAACCUACGAUUGGGAUGAAUCACUGCAGGGUAUCAUCCUAUCGGCGUUCUUCUGGGGUUACAUAGUGACGCACAUACCAGGCGGUAUGCUGGCAGACAAAUUCGGUGGUAAAUACACCCUGGGUCUGGGUAUCCUGUCUACCGGAAUCUUCACCCUGAUAACACCGUUGGCCGUGGAAUGGGGUGGUUCGACGGCUCUGAUAGUCCUGCGCUUCCUUAUGGGUCUUGGCGAAGGUACGACCUUUCCGGCGUUGAACGCGAUGCUUGCGCACUGGAGUCCGCCGACUGAGAGGUCGCGGAUCGGUUCGCUGGUCUUCGCCGGUGCUCAGAUUGGAACGGUCUUCGCGAACGCGGUAUCGGGUAACUUGCUCCACUACUCGCCGAUCGGCUGGCCGUCCGUCUUCUACCUCUUCGGGGCGAUCGGUGUUCUCUGGUUCCUGGUCUUCGUCCUGGUCUGCUUCAACACACCGGACGAGCACCCGUACAUAUCGGACAAGGAGAAGAACUUCCUUACAGACUCGACCAACGAACACACUCACAAAAAGAUUCCACCACCCCCCUGGCGCCACAUCCUAAAGUCCGUACCUCUCUGGGCCCUUGUCGCAGCCCAGAUCGGACAUGACUGGGGCCUCUUCACGAUGGUCACUGACCUCCCGCUCUACAUGAGCAACGUUCUCCACUUCUCAAUCAAGUCCAACGGCUACCUCUCAGCUCUGCCCUACGUCGCCAUGUGGCUGGCAAGCUUGGCCUGCUCACCGGUCGCCGACUGGCUUAUAAACAGUGGUAGGAUGUCGAGGACCAACGUCAGGAAGCUCUUCACCACCACUGGUUCCAUGGGACCAGCGAUAUUCAUCAUCGCCGCCUCCUACGCCGGGUGUGAUCGCGUAUUGGUCGUCGCUCUGUUCACCAUAGGCAUGGGAUUCAUGGGUUCUUACUACCCGGGGAUGAAGGUCAACUCGCUCGACCUGACGCCCAACUAUUCGGGUACCGUAAUGGCGAUAGUUAACGGGAUCGGUGCCGUCUCCGGUAUCAUAACGCCUUAUCUUGUCGGCGUUCUGACGCCGAACGAGACGGUCGCUGAGUGGAGACUCGUUUUCUGGAUCGUCUUCGCCGUCUUCACCAUCACAAAUAUCGUAUACCUUUGGUACGCAAGCGGAGAGGUACAGUAUUGGAACGACCCUAAUUUCCUGAUACGUGAACAGGAGGAAAGAAAGAACAAUGCGGCCGGCGAGAAGAAGGAGAAAUCGAAGAAGGAGGUCACGUGAUUAGGUUUCUCGCCCACCUUCACAGUUUCUUCGCAGCUUCGAAAGCCAUUCAUGAUACCUCGUCGAGAACUGAUCGUUCCACCAUGUUCCACCGUAUCCUCAUUCGAUUUCAUCUGUGUAUAGACAUCUACAUUAUGUAUAGUUGUUCAGAAUUCGUGAAAAUUCAUCCUUACUUGUUUUUCUUUUUUGUACGAUAAAAAAAAAAAAAGAAACAGUGUCGCUUGUGGUCGUUGUAUGUACAAUGUUUAUAUAUUUAUGAAAAUAAUUAUAACGACGAAACCGGCGGCGUUUUUAUAUCCGCAAACAGAGUUAACUUAAGGUAGUUGCGAUAACUAAGCUGAUUUUGAAAUUCAGCACCCAACUACCUGUUUUAUUAUCUGUUGCUGGUUACUAGCUGUCAUCGUUAACUGAUUUCAUGUAUAUCGGUUAAUUUUCGUUGUUACGUUAUCGCCAAUAGAUUGGCCCCCGCGUGUCAGAACACAAUCUAUACCUACAUCGCAUUUUUUUUUUUUUUUUUCAUCCGCCGAUGAAGAUAAUGUUAUACAGUACACAUGACGCAUACUGUAUUGUUCACAUGAUUUAAGCUGUUAUUUCGAUAAGAAAUAUUAUCGCCAAUCGUAUGCCGGCAGCUGUCAAACGCGUCUGAAAAGGCAAUCAAUAUUGACGAAUAACACACAUCUUUCGUAGCAUCAGAUUGCAAAAUUUAACGAGUCACGAAAAUCAUUCGAUUAAAUCGCUUCUCUAUAGAGGUUUUACAAAUAUUAGUUAUACUUUUAUACGCCUUAACAAAUUGCCAAGUCAACAGCUGUUUUGGGCCUAAAAAUGAUCUUACAAGACAAAUCUUGUUCCGAUUUUCUUCUCAAUCUCAUGUUUUGCUUUCCAAAGCUGUAUUGACUUCACUGAUAAUUAGCUGGAUCGAUUUCUUCUCUAUCGGAAACGUCCGAACGAUAAUAUUCAAACCAGAGCAAAUCUGAACCUAUGACAAUUAAUAAGAGAGUCGAAUAAAACGGGGAGGGGGGGUCGAUAUAAUUUGACUAUUUCGAUGAAUGAGACAUCGUCUACCCUGGCUACCAUUAGCAAGACAAUUUUGAAUAUUUUAUCAUUGGAACAAAAGAAAUAAUUAUUAAAUCGUGUCCGAAAAUCCCCAUUUUGCCAAAUGUGCGGGUAAGAUGAGAAGGAUGGUAAAAUAAUGAAAACGUAUUGUGUCGUACAAACAAAAGUUACACUCAAAGUUGAGUUUACAGUUACGAAAAAGCUAUUUAUUAUCGAUAAAAAUAGUCGCAAACGUAGCGUCGUCAACACUAAAACAAUUUUUACAUAUAUCAAGCUUUCGGCUAUUUCGCGUAUGAUGAUCAUACAGUGAAAUUGAUUGUUAGAUAUUGUUAUCGAUUACAAAGCGGGUUACCAGUGUUCUAAUCAAAGCGAAGUAUGGAUCCGGUUACGUAAUCUCCGUUUCAGGUUAAUUCCCUCAACUGAUAUUCCACAUCACGACUUGAAAUCCUGUCGACAAAGAUAAGCGCUAAAGGUGCGAGGUUGACUCGAUCCAUCGAAAAUUCGGGUCUGCCAAAUUUUCACUAUUGCAUUGGUUGAAAAUAUUAGAAUCAAUUAAUUACGAUUUCAGAUUAUACUUGUCAACAUUAUUAGACGGUGUAUGAUUUUCAACAGCCAAAAACUACGUGCCGAUAAUCUGGAUCGUUGUUGCGAACGAAGGCGAACGAUCCGAUCCAUGAAUUGAUCAGAGAUCGAUUUCCGUUUCCGAUGAAAAAUUUAGCUCUCGUUUUUUUUUCGACCUCCGAGAAGGAUUUCAAAAUAUCGUUGAGCCACAAAUUCUGUUUCUUUACUAUAUUCGUUAGACGUGAUCGUUUUUUAACCGGUAAUAUUCUCGUUUCUUGGAUUAUUCGCCAUGUCUAAGAAUUUAUUGAAUCGAAGUGUUUCGGCUUGAGUAUAAAAGCAAAAAAUAAAUAAAGUAAAACAAGAAUAUGCAUGAGGAUGAGGUACGAAUCAACUUCUCAAAGUGUAAAAAUAGAAAAACUGGUUUACAGAGGAACGGAAUUUUUUUCGUAGAAAUCGGCAAUGUCAAGUAAAUGUACAGGAUAUGUGACAAAUAAUCAGAAACGGAAUGUCGGAUAAUGUAAAGAUCUUGAUCGUAAGAAUACCGCUCUUGACAAUUAAUCAGAAGAAGAACUCUGAAUGAUUAACUUAUGAACUGAAAUUCUCUCUAAAUCAUACGAAUUGACACUGAAAAAAUUAUAAAUUGGUAAUAAAUUUAAUGA